ACAGAGCAUUAUAUACCACUCUCUGCUUCACAGAGUCAGUGUGUUUAUCGUCUUAUUGCUGCUCUUCCUUUCAUCCUUCUUAGCUAUGGUUUCUUCUUUGGUGAUCAAGGUGAAAUAUGGAAAUACCUUCAGACGGAUCGGUGUUUGUAUGGAUGACAAUAAUCACAUGGACCUUAACAUGGUUGGGUUGAGGGAUAAGAUAUGUUCUGUUUUCAAUUUUACUGCUAAUGCAAACUUCAUUCUGAGCUAUGUUGAUGAAGAUGGCGAGCAGGUGAAUCUUGUGGAUGAUAAUGAUUUGAAUGACAUGAUGAAACAACAAUUGAAAUCCUUGAGAAUCGAUGUACAUGGGAGUGGAUUGUUUCCACUGAAAUUAUCUCAAUGGAGAAAUACCAUCAACAAAUCUUCCCCUGGGAUGAUACUGAGCAAAGAUGCUUUCUGGUAUGGUUCUCUUUUUGUGUCGUGGAUUGGAUUAUGUUCGAUUAUUUACUGCAAACCAAAAGAACAGAUUGUCCAACCCGUCCAGCAUGUUAGCAAAGGUUUGUUUUUUGUUUUUGGAAACUCGGAAUCCGGCCCAAAGGUUCACACAUCCGGAGGAUCAACUUCAUCAAAGUAAUCGUUGGUUUAGAUAGUGUCAAUCGAAGUUGCAGUUUCCAUCCUUCUUAUCAAGUCUAUCAUCACUCAAUAGAGUUUGCUGGUCUGAAAGUAACAAAAAAACUAUUAGAAAAAAAAAAUGUUUAGGAGAUUAUUAAUGUUGCCUUAGAAUUUGUCUGUUAUUAAGUUUGGCUAGUUAAUUGGAUGCUCUUGUGCUUUGAGACAUCAACAUAUCUUUGUUUUUAUAUAAUUUUAUUUUAUGCUUUAUGAGAUACAUAGUAUUGAUUUGAUUAA